AUUAUAGGGACAUAGUAUAUCAACACCAUACUGCAUUGCCAAAUGGAGAGGGCUGCGCGGACCACCAGAGCGCCCCUCCGGCCUGCGCUCCUUUUCCCCUUUGGGUCGUGCAACAAUGACACUUGAAUAAGAUGAAAAGGUGCUGGAUUGCGCUUCUGGUGGCGUGGCUCCUGGUGGAGGGCGCAAAUGGCCAAGCUGGUCCCGUGGAGAGCGAUGGCGGAUAUGACAGGGAAUGCCUCAUGGCAAUUCUGCCUGCAGUCAGCUACUCAUGUCACGACCGCGCCACACGAGGGCCAGCACCAGUCGUCAACGGCAGCGCCUAUUCACUUCUGUACUCACAAUCGACCCGAACACUGCUGGGAGGCUUCUUCCAGUACUGCACGGCAGUUGGGCUGAAGCGGCCGCUCUACUAUCUGCUGCCGCCCACAUCAUUGAGUGCGGUGCUGGUGGCGGCGGCAGACUCUAUGGCGGCCCCCUUCGCAGCCUUUCCCGGCGACCGCCUGCAGAAGAACUUCACUCGGGCGGGGUCGCUGGACGCGCUGGAAGACGCGUUGUUGGGCUACGUGAGCGCGCGGUCACCGAGUGCGGAUGGCCUGCCGUACGGCUACGACUCAGUCAUCACGCCCUUCUCGGGGCUGCAGGAGCUGCGGGCAGCGGGCUUGCUCACUGGCCUGGCCGGCAUCUCUAGCCUGGACACGCUCUACCAGCGCGGUGACAUUCAUCCGACGAUGCUGGACACGGUUUCCUACGCAGGGGAGCUGUCGGCAGUGCCCCUGGAUGGCUCCCAGCUGCUUCUGUAUGUGCGCACUGAACUCCUGGCGGCGUCUGGGGCAGCUGGCGGCAGCGGCGGCUUGCGCGUUCCGGACAGCUGGGAGCAGUUGUUGGCAGAGGCAGCAGCGGUCAACGGUUCCUUGGCGGCGCAGCUGCGGCCGGUGGUCAACGCGACUGGCGGCGUGUCGUAUGCGGCGGCGACGGCACCCGUGUUUGGGUUCUGCAUGCAGCCACACACGCACAUGCUGGGCGCACUGGCGCUGGCGGUACUGGCGCCGCUGGUGCAGACCAACGGGUCUGAUCAGGGCAUGUACUUGAAUGCGGACACGCUGCGCCCAGCCGCUACCACUGCCGCCAUGCCGUACGUGUUGUCGUACUUGCGGCGCCUGGCUGCGUACUCGGCCCCUGUGGCCUUCUCGGCUCGUGCGCCGCAGUUCAGCAACGACUUCGCUCUUGGGCGAUGCGCCAUGACGAUCGGCACGGCGGCGCAGUUCAGGCGCAACAGCCACGCCGCGCACCCCGCCGGCCCCUCCGCAGUCAUCGGCCGGGUCACGGCGGCGCUGCUGCCAGGCAGUGAGUUUGUGGUCACAGAUGUGGAGCGUGAUUGGACCAGCGCUGGCGUCAUCAAUAGGUGGGUGAGCGGUAACAACUCUGGCGCAGGCGUGCUGAGGCCGUGCGACGCGCGGCUUUGCCCUGCUAGUCAGCUCAGCGCUGGCUCAGCGUCUUCUGUCGCCGCUCUGGGUCUGGCGGCGCCGCCUCCUUCUGGCGCAAGUCAGGGUGCAGUGUCCACGUCCUCGCAAGCUCUUGUGAACCGGGCGCCGCUGAUGUCUCCGGGCGGCACGGUUGGCGGGGUGUACGGCAAUAAUGCAGAGGUGAUGCCACAGUUGUAUACAUGGACGAUGCUCAGCGCGCUGGGCGGGCCUGUCAACAGCUGGCAGCUGCUGCUCCUCCCAGUCAGCGAACUGGGCCCCUGGCGCCUGUCGCACAUGGACACCGCCGAUAACGCCCUAGCGCGCUGGCGCGCCGCCGGGUACAACGCUGCCGACACCGCCUCUUUCCUGACCGCGGCUCGCGCCACCCUGGACCACCACAACGUGGUCUUGCCACUCCGUGUUCGCACGGCGAUGUUGCACGUGCGCGCAGUGCGUACGGCAGCGUUGCGGCUGCUUAACGCCACCGCUGCGACGCCAUGGGUGCUGCAGCCUGCCGCAAGCCCUGCCACUAGCGCGGGCACCGGUGGUGAUGGCACAGGCGCCACCGCCAGCAGUGGCGGUAGACGGGCCGUUCUGCAGGCUGCGGCAGACAACUCAACUGCGGUGCAGCAGCCGCAGCAAGAGCAGCUGGAUCAGGGGUUGCUAGAGGGGCUGUUGGCAAGCUUGGCUGGGCUCUAUGGUUACGGGCCGACAGGAAGUGUUGCAGGUACCAGCAGCGGUGCAGCGAACAGUACCAACAGCAGCAGCAACGUGCCCACGCGCGAGCAGAUGAUGCAAGAGUACCGGCGGAGCCUCGGUCUUCCGUACACACCGGCGACGACAACAGCCGGCGAGGUGCAGAGCGACAAUGACAGCGGCAGCAACCUGCCGGUCGGCGCAGUUGUAGGCGCCGUGGUGGGUGGCGUGCUGGUGGCGGCGCUGGCGGGCGUUGUGGCCCUUCGAGGCAUGCGCAAUCGCGGGCGGCGGCGCGGCCGCUGGCGUGUGGUGGAGCCGCCUGGCGCCUCACCAGACACAGUACUCCUGGUCACAGACAUUGAAGGAAGCACGUCGCUGUGGGAGGCGCUGCCUGAGGAGGUGAUGGAUCGAGCUCUGCGCACACACCAUGUAACUGUCCGAACAGUCGGCAUCUUCUUCGGUGCUUACGAGAGUGCGACAGAAGGCGACUCGUUCAUCCUGGCCUUUGCCUCCGCCACGGACGCAGCACAAUUCGCGCUGGGGCUACAGCGUGCCCUCUUGGCGGCGCGCUGGCCUGAGGAGCUGCUCGAGGUGCCCGGCUGCGCGCCUGUGUACGUGCGCAAGCUGGACUGGCUCGCCAAGGCCAACCAGGUGUCGCUGGUGCCCGCGCCGACACGCCGCCUGGGCUCGCGGCCGGUGCGGUCCCGCAGCCGCGGUGCGGAUGCCAGUGUCGGAGGCCCCAGGUCCUUACGCUUUCCCAGCCGCAACAUUGCAGCCGUGUUGGGCGUGUUUGCCGGCCAUCCCCGCACGCGGCCGCACUUGCAGCAUGCACCGACCAGUAAGCGCUCCGCUGGCAGUGCGCACGCGGCAGAGGCCUCGGCCGGCCUGGCGCUGCCGCCAGCGCCUGGUGGGUUCGGCCGUACCGGUUCGGCACCGCCGGGCCACGGGCCGGGCCUGGCGGGGCUUGGUGCAGGGCUACUGUCACGACGGUGGACCUCGCGCCGGACGUCUAAUGACCAGGCAGCCAUAGCCGCCGCCAUGGCAGCGGAAGAGGCCGCGGCGCAAGAGGGCGAGGGCCAAGGGGCGGCGACGCAGGAGGAAGAUGGUAUGGGCCCAACAGCAGAGGAGGAAGAGCUGGAUGCUGAGGUCGCAGCGGCGGUGGAGGCGGCCGCAGCGGCUGCGGACCCGUCGCAGCACGGCCGCGCUACCGGCGGCGCAGCUGCCGGCAACCGCCACUUGCUAGGGCGCUUCUGGGCGGCGAUGGACGCAGGCGGCCGGCCCAUGCAGCCUAUGACCUCGAUGCGACGGAGGCGGAGGCGCAGCGAUACGUCGCUUGUGGCCAUGAUGGCCGCGCCCUACCUUGAGCGCCAGUCAGUCCCUGGACACGGAGAUGACCAGGGCGACGGCGGAGCCGGAACGCCCGGUGGGACCGGCACCGGCCCGGGCGCCGCCAUUACCGACGGCACCCGCAAGCGCAGCCUUCGCAAGUUUGCAAUGCAUGGGCGUCAGUCGGUGAAUGUGCGAGGCAGCCCUGACCUACAUGUAUGGUCGCCUGGGGCCGGCGGCGGACCCCUUGGCGGUGCGGUGAGUCUGCCCACGUCACCUGAUGACAACCCUGACAACAGCAUGUACGGCGGCAGAGGAACUCCCGGAGUAGGCGACGGUGGCCGCCGCGCGCGGCUCAAAUCCAUUCGCCACGCCUCGGUCACAUUCGCUGCCGUCGCGGUAGCCGCCAUUUCCGGGAGCCGGGCACACGACACCGGCGGCGGAGGUGGAGGUGGAGGUGCGGGCGCAAGCAGCGACUCCCCACACCGCCCGGGCCGCAUGCGCCGCGCUUCGCUCGCGAUCUCCAACUUGCUAGGCAUAGGCAGCGGCGCUACCAGCGGCCCAGGCAGCCCCGCAAGCACUGGAGUGGCCGACGCGGGUUCUGGCCCGGAUAUGGCGCUGACGCCGCGGCAGCUGUCACGGCAUGCCCGGCGCGGCUCGGUGCUGAACACCAUGCUGGGCACUGUGACUGCGCUGGGCUCUCCAGCAGCGCCGGGGACAGGGACGGGGAGCGCCGUACCGGCCGCCGGCACCACUGACGGAGGCCUUACCUUCACCGGCGCCACGGCGGCAGGUGUGGAAGGCACAGGCGACGCAGCCCCCGCCGCGCUUAUCACAUGCAGCAGCGCGGCGCCGCCCACCGCGGCGGCCUCAGGAUCACCCCACUCUCGCCGCUUGCGGCGGGCGUCUCUGGCUCUGACAUCGUGGCUUGGCCUGGGACAUCCCGGUAAUGCCGCAAGCGGUUCACAUACGCAAGUCGCAACAGGCAGUACCGCAGUGCUGCUGCCCCUCCGCAGCCGCCGUGCCUCCUCCGACGCCAUAGGCGCGACCACCUCGGCAGCAUAUCAUGCCAUACCAGCUGCUGUAGCUCUGAUGCCUGCCUCCAAGUCGGCCGCGGGCAAGGCGGCGCCGACAGACCUGGUGCGGCCCAGCCCAACGGGUGCGCCCACAGACGCGCGCUACCCAGCUGGCGCCGUGGUGACUGAGGCGGCCGACAGCCCGCACACACACAUCAAUAGCUACAGUGUGGUGGCCCUGUCCGCUGCGCUGGCGGCGUCCGAGUACAAGGCUGCAGCGGUCGCCGGCGCAGACAGCACCCAGCUGACCGGCUCCAUCGUCGGCCUCCCCGAGCCAUUGACCAAUUCCGGGCUGGGGCACCCAAACAAUGCUUCUGGGCCAAUGGCGAGUCUGCUGGCGGGCCGUGCUCUCCCGGGCUCCGGCCUGCCAGCCGAGGAGGUUCCGCCGGAUGCGUUGGCAGCCGCAGCGGCCUCGCCAAUACUGACACCGGCAGCGCCCUCACCUCAGGCCACAGCCGCCAGCAGCGGUGUCCAGCCGCCGCUCAGCCAGGCGCGGGGCCGGCGCGCAUCGUCGUUUGUGCCGCGGCUGCUGAACCUCGCGCUGUUUGAGGUCGUCAAUGGCUCCAGCGGAGGUGGGGGCGGCCCGACCAGCACGUCCGGUAGCGGCGGCGGCAAUGCGCCGAGGAGCCUGAAGUCUCAGGGCAGCCAGAUGCGGCGGCGCUACUCGACGGUCCUGGAGCGGGCGCUGUCUCCGCGCGGCAAGAGCAUGGCGGGCAACUCAGCGGCCGCCGCCGCUGUCAGCGGAGGAGGCAGCGGUGGAGGAGAAAUCAGCGACGCAGCGACGCAGGAGCAGGCGGCCGUGCCAGGCGUGUCCACUUGGGGCAGCGAACUGGGCGUUGAAGAUGGAGCCGAGAAGUGGGCCGAGCUGAAGUGGCACAUGUCGGGCAGGAGGACAGGGACGGUGGACGCCCCGGCGAUCAGCCGCGGCGCCCCACGGGCCUUCGGCGGCGGUGCCGGCGCCACCAGCGGUACAACGUCGCGGCACUCCAAUCUGCUGACCUCGUCGGCUGCGGCUGCUGCUGGUGCUGCGAUUGCUGCGUCGUCAUCUACAAGGCCAAAGCUAGACAUCGCGCGCGUCUUCUCAAUUGCGCACAUGCAGGACUCGUCGCUGCCGAUCGCUGGGCGGACCAGUGCCGCCAACACCGGCACCACUGUCGUAGGCGCAGGCUCCGUCCGCGGCGGUCCCGAUGGUACCGGUGGCAUAGAUGGGCUUGAUUUCGGCCGAGCCAGCCCUGUGCCUGCACUCUCCGGCGGGGCCUCGCCGCUCUUUCCGCCGGGCCUGCCUCCAGCCUUCCAGGACGCGGUUGGCAUUGCGGCAACCGAGGGCCAGCAGGGGCCAGAGCGGAAGUUGGCUGCGGCUGCUGCCGGCCUGGGGCUGCCAUCCAUGAGCGGGCCGCAGGGUCGCUCCUCCGUGGAUUCCGGGGGGCUGCCCACCCGGAGGACGGCCCCUGACAUGCCACAUGUGGAGCAGCUGCUGGGCACGCCGCUGCAGCAUUCGCACAGCCAGCCCGUGCGCCAGCAUCGUCACCCACCGCACGAGCAGCACCACCAGCAGGAGCGCCGCGUCGGGCCACCGCAACUGCCCUCUGCGUCCACCUGUUUACCUGCGCCGUUAUCUGGCGCGCCCAGCCCCAUGCCGCUCAGCCAGCAGAGCCGCACGGGCGCAGUCAGCGCCAUGGGCUUCAGUGAGACAGCGGAUGCCGCUCUCGCGGACGAGCGCUGGUCAUUGGCUGGCGUGAUCAUUGGCACGGGCGGUGCCAGCGGCCAGGCGGCCAGUAGCAGCAGCCACACUGCAGGCGCCACGCCGCCGAUGGUGUCGGCUGAGCCGGCACAGCCGCGCGCACGCAGCCCUGCUGUGCCGCUGUCGCUGCUGCUACCAGCGAACUCAUCCGCUCCGGGCGUAGCCGGAAUCGUGUCCUCCGCUGGCGGCGAGUCUCUGCAGCUGGCCCUGCAGGGGUCUGUGGGCGGAGACGCUGAGGCUAGUGCGUGUACUGCCAGCGUGCCGCUUUCGCAACGGCCCGCUCGUACUUUCGGCCCGGUAUUUUCACCUCAGCCACCGGCAGGGUCAAGCGGCGGCAACAACGCGCUCCGCCUGGGGGGAGCGCAGCAACCGCCUGCGGGUAGCCCCUCAACAUCACAGCUGCAGCAGGAUCAACCGGUGCGUUCAUCAGUCGAGGCGGGACCCCUGGCCCGGCUGCUUGCGCGGAAGCAGGCGCCCCCGCCGCUGCUGCCGGUGUCGCCACGCCACACCUCACCACAGGUGCCAGGCACCGCCAGCCCUGGGCACCGCAACCCAGCUAGCAGCGCCACCAACCCGAACACACCCAGCUCAGCCGCCGCCGGCGCCCUGUCGGCAGCACGUUCCUCCACCUCCUCCGCCGCCGCUGCAGCGGCGUUGCAUCGCCGCUUCUCCGAGCUUGCGGUGGAGCUGGCCAAGCCUGUGGCGCGUGCAAGGUCACAGGCAGGCAGCGGCGGCACAUCCCGAAUCGCACCGCCAGACCAAGUGGCCAGCCCUCGUCGCGGGGGGUUCUCCAUCACCGCUGGCGGCUCAGGCAUGAAGCCCGCACCCGCUACCUUGGACCGAAGUCACACCUUCAACACAGCUGGUGGCGAGGCAGCAACGGCCGGCGGGGGCAGCGGCGGCGCCGGCGAUGGAAGCGGAGCCGGAGGCGCCACAGCCGCACUAGCGGCGGUGGUGGCUGGGGCGUUGAAGUUUGGCUCCUUUAGCCGCCGCUCGGUGUCAUCCGGCCCCCGGGUGCUGUUGCCUCGCAGCCAGCACGGGCAGCACUUCCUUACCGCCUCUGGCGGCGCGGACAGCACCGGAAGCAACGGUAGCGGCAAUGCCGCGGCACAGUCGCUGCUGGAUGGCACACCGUCGGCUACCCUGCCGCAUUUGUCUGCAUCCGGUGCAGCCGCAGCGGCGGCAUCACAGAGUGGCGGCUCCAGCCGCAUGGCACGUCUGGAGUACACGUCGAGCCGGCGGCGUGUGGGCGCUGGUAUGGAGCCGCUUGAACGCUUGGAAGAGGAAACGGGCGGGGCUGCCGCGCAAACGGUGCCGCUACCACAGGCGCAGCCGCAAUCGCCCUCGGCCUCGCCAGUGCGCAAUCCGCCUCCGCGCCUGCGCAGUAGCGGCGCAGUUGCAGGCACCUCUGCUGAUGGCAAUGAACCGGGCCUGCAGCCCUCAGCACCUCCUGAGACCGGUCGUUUGACGCCCAAAGGCGCCAGAGGCAAAAGCGAUGGUGGCAGCGGUGGCGGCGAAGCGCGUGUGUCAAAGAGCGGCAUCCUACCGUCCGCGCUGCAGCUGCUGCUCAAGCGGAGCGGCACGGGUGGAAGCAGUCGCAAGGCAGGUGCCGGCGGUCUAUUGCACUUGUCAGACGCCGCUUCUACCGAGAGCGCCGACCUGGCAUCUGGCGAAGACGGCAGCGGCCACGGUCGGGUGCCCAAGUCACCGGCACGGCUGCAGCUGGCGCCCAGGGUUGUGGAGCGGGAUGUGCCAUCGGCUGCAAUCGCACCAAGGCUCGAUUUGGUUGAGAUGACCUCGGAUGCUGGUGGCGCCAACGCCAGACCCAGCGGUGCCGGCGAAGCCUUCGGGAGCGCCAUUGUGCCCCUGGCGGAGCCUCCCCGCGCGCACAGCGUCGGCGCAGGAGGGGUGGGCGUGGCGGCUGGAAGUGCUGCGCUUGGGUUCGUCAAGCCAUCCAUCAUUAUACCCUCGGAGGGCCCAAGCAUGGCAUCGCUACCCCAGCCAUUCGCGCAUGACCAGCCCGCGCUGAUGUCGCCAGAUGCAACUGCCGCUGCGGCCAGCGUCAGCUUCGCUGCCCUAGACACCGCCACCAGCAACAUCGGUCCCGGUCCCCAGCACACCGAGCCUUUGCACACGGCGCCCACUAAUGGGGUGGGGCGUGUAGGCAGCAUCACAACGCACGUGCCGGCUGCACGUGCAGUGAAGCCGCCCACUCACGGCUCGCUGCUCGAGCUGCUGCAUCGCGUGUUUGUGCGCGUCGACGGCGCCGAGGCUGCCGAGGGACACAAACAGCGACAGAACAACCAGCAGCAUCAACAGCAACGGCCCGCAGAUAUGCAGCUUGUGUUUGCUGGGUUGCGCGUGCGCGUGGGCCUGCACUGCGGCGUCACGGACGCGCGCGACAUCCAGUACAACGCCGCCACCGCGCGCAUGACGUUUGGCGGCGAGGGGCUGCGCAUCGCCAAGGCCGUGUGCGACUGCGCCAGCGGCGGGCAGGUGGUCAUGAGCGGGGAGGUGCUGCUCAGGCUGCAGCUGGCAGGCUCUGGCGGUGUGCUGCUGCUGCAACAGCAGCAGAUGCUGCUCCAAGGCCAGACGCACGUGUUGGACCUUGGUGACCACCAACUGCUGGAGGCGCCGGCACCGCAACCGCACGUCUCCAGCCCCGCCGCACCUCCUGAAGGCGCCGCUGGCGUCGCCGGCGUCGGCCUGGCGCACGCGCACCAGCACAACCCCGCUGCCUCAGCAGCCGAGCCCUCGGCGAUGGUGCCCGUAUCCCGGCACCUGCUGUGUAUCGCGGCGCCGGCGCUGCUUGGACGCAUGGCCGUCAUCCCACCGGUGCGCUCCGCGCUGCACCAGUUCACGCCCGGCUUCAUGGACGCCCCAGUGGGCCCCGCGGUGUGCGUGGUGGUGUUCCGCGUGUCCAACGCGGCGGCGCUGGCGGCGUGGAACGCGGCCGUCGCGUCAGAGGCCAUGGCGCUGCUGGAGCUGUACCUCAGGGCGAGUCUGGGCGCUCUCAUCAACACCAGCAACACCAGCGGCAGCAAUGGCGACCAAGCACAACCCGCGGAGUCACUGGGGCCGCAGUCGUCGGGGCGUGGCGGCGCUGCAAGCACGCCCAACCGCCUUGCCUGCUACCUGGCCGCCGCGCCGCCCGGCAGCCCCUUCGGCACCUUUGUCGCGGGCUUCAGCCAGCCCUCGGCGGCGGCGCGCUGGGCGCUGACCGCCGUCGCCCGUACGGCGGAGCUGCCCUGGCCCGCAGAGCUGCUGGAGUCGCAGUGGGGCCGGCCGCUGGAGGAGGUCACGCGCGCGGAGGCGGAGGCGGCGGAGGCGGCAGCGGCGGCGGCUGGCGGCGGCGGCGGUAACGUCUUGCCGUACGCGUUUGGCAGCGGUGCCGGCGCCACCGCCAACAGCCCAGGCGGCGCGAGCUCCUUCAUGCAUGGCGGCGGGUCGCCGCCACGUGGCGGCGCCUUCUCUGCCAUUGGCGGCAGCGUGGGCAGCCGCAUGGCCCGGCUGCUCCGCACCGCACCCGGCGGCUGGAUCUCAUCCCCGCUGUCCCUGGCGUCGCACAAGGGCAGCGGGCGCCAUGGCUCCGGCACGGCAGCGGACCGUGGGGCCGACUCCUCCCCGCUGGUCUCAGGCACGGUGCUGCUGUCCUUGCCGCCGCCGGCUAGGGGCGGUGGUGCAGGCGUAGUGGUUGGCGGCCCCGUCAGCGGCACGGAGGCAAGCAGCGCGGCGUGCACGGAGAUGGGCGGCUGGGCGCCGGUGGAGAUGGAGCUGGACGACGACGUCGAGCUAGGCGAGCCGUCGACGGCGGGCGCAGAUCUCGUGGACCAGCCGGAGUCGCAGCAUUCGGCUGUGGCGGCAGGGGGCGCGGGCGGCAGUGGUCGGCUGCGUGGCGUGCCAACCCCAGCGGCGGGCUCUGCCGCGAGCAAACCGCUGCCGCUGCCGAUGCAAUCGCACUAUGACGGCCACGCGCCAUCCGCGACGGCCGCGGCAGCCAUGAGCUCGUGGGAUGCCGUCCGCAAGGACGGCAUGCUCCCGCCGGCUGCUGAGGGAUACGGCGGCGGCCUGGUGAUUGAUCUGGCUUCAGCUGGUGUGCCAACUGGCACAACCGAUGCUCCGGGAGCAGCAAGUGGCGGUACCUCGGCCGUGUCGGCUCAGCUGCCGCCGAUGCCGGUCGGACGCGGCGCUGGGCCUGCUGCUGUGCGCAGCAGUGGCUUCGGCAGUCCAGUGCGUGGGCUCGGCUUACGGACUGUGCUUGGUGGCGGCAGCAGCGUUGGCGGCAAUGGCGUCAUGCGCUCUGGCGGCUCUGCAAGUCGCGUGCCCAUGCCGUCGCGCUUCGCACUGGCAGCAGAAGCGGCUGAGUCAGCGCCCGGAGCUGCAGCCAACGCUCCAGCACCAACAGCGACACCGAUGUCAACUCUGGCUCGUGCUGUAGCGCCCACUGCAGAGGUCAUAGCGGUCAUACAGAAUAGUGAGAUAGUGGUGGUGGUGGAGCCGGAGCUAGCAGGCAAGGGGCAGGCCGGGGCCGCUGCCGCCGCAGAGGGCGUGUCCCUGGCGCAAAAGCAGCAGGCGCCGCCGCGGGCUGCCGCGGGAUUUUCCACAGUGCGCGCGGGCUUCCCGAGGUCCUCUGAGGCUCUCCCAGCACCUGCUGCCGUGCCCACCACGCGCGCGCUCCGGCCCACGCACACGUCAGAGAACGGGGCAGAGGGGCCGUCGCCAGCUGCGAUGGUAGCUGCCGGCUCUGCUUCAGGGCUGGGGCUGUCAGGUCUGCCGCCUGGCGCCCGGCGGAUGCCCUCUGCGACGGGCCCGGCGCCGCCUACCCAGCGCCUGCGCAAUCGGCUGCUGCAGCACCUCACGCUGUCCUUCACCUCCCUGUCACGGAAGGCCAUGGGCGGUUCGCCCGUUGCAGGCUCCCGCUUCGGUGCCGGCUCCGGCGCUGGCGACGUCAUGGACUUACAGGGGUCUGCGCAAGAGGUGGGGUCGGCAGCGGGCAGCGGCGAAAGACCAAGGACCAUGUCGGGCCCGAUGCAUCUGCACUCGCCGGGCGAGUGGCCCGUCACAGGCACCAGCGGCCGCGGUGGUGCGCGCGGCAUGGCGGGUGCGGCAUCGGCGGUGACACCGAUGCCGAGGCCGGCACUAGGAGCCGCUGGGCUGCCGUCGGGCGCCGGUAGCGCCGUGACUGGUGCAGGGCUGGAGGAGGCGAUGGCUGCGGCAGCGGCGGCGGCUCGCGCGGAAGAGGACGCGGAGGUGGUUAGCUUUCGCGGCCUGCGCGUGCGGCUGGGGAUGGCGGUUGGCCCAGUACGUGUGGAGCUGUGCCCGCUGACCGGCCGCGUGGUGUACAGCGGAAAGACCGUCACGACCGCCAUGACGUCUGCCGCCUCGGCGCGCCUGGGCACACUGCUGGCUAACCAGGGCGUGGCGGAGGCCAUUGCGGCCGCGCAGGGCGGCGCCGGCCUCAUGCUGCAGUUUCCCUCGGGCUACCAUAGCAGCCGACAGGGCAGCAACCGGCAUGAGACCACCCGUCAGGACAGCAGUGCCAGCCACGCCACGGCAGCACCGGCGCCGGCCGCGUCGGGCCCCUGGCGCAAGGCCAUGUUCCGCCGAGCCCAAACUGUGGCUGACGAGGCAAGCGCCCACGCGGCUACUGUGGAGCGCCGCGGUACUGUGUCGGCACACGUUGCCACGGCGGCACCAGGGCCAGAAAGCCAGGUCUUGGAUUCGGGCAGCAUACUCACUGGCAUCAAGCGACGUAGCGGCGCCAGUGGUGGAGCCAUUCAGAGGGCACGCACCGCCAGCAUUGCCUCGCCCGAGCGCUGCGCGGAGCCGGCGUCGCGCCAACACAACGCGCCGGCCAGCAGUAGCAGCAGCCAGCGGCGCAACAGCGGCGGCAGUAGCUCUCUGCCGUCUAUGUCUGCAGCCGCGGACAUGCGCCCGGGUGCAGCAGCCGCGCUGUUAUCGGCGGCCAUUCCUACGACCCUGCGGGAGGCCGAUGACGAGGUGGCCUGCGGCGGAGAAGGCGCUCACGGCUACGACAGUACAGCAUGGGCAACCUGCGCUGAGCCCGGAGAGUUGCGUGUCGGUGGCAACGGUGCUGGCGGCACCGAAGCGUCAGCGCAUGCGGGCAACAAUGACCCAGGCGGUGCCGUGGAGGAAGAGCGCGCUGCAACGGUGGACGAUUCCCAUGAACACGGCACCCGCACUGAGGACGAGCAGGAGGACGCGGAGGUCCAUGGCCCCAGCUCGCAGGCGGCUGCCCAGCCGCAGCUGCUGUGCACGCCAGCGGUGGGCGGUGGUCUCGGCGUGGCUUUCGGGGGUGGCGGCGGCGGUGGUUUGGCCAUGCCGCGCCUAAACCCGAAGAAUCCCACCUUCCGUGUGCGGCUCCAGCUGGUGCCGCCGGCGAUGAAACAGCCUCAGCCCGGCCCGCAGGCGUUCACCCCAGCACCUGAGCUUGCUGCCAUUAGAGAUGGAGCCUGAGCUCCACCGGCAGUAGGUGCUGCGGUAAUAAGCGAUGGUGGCGAUGAUGCUGUCACCUAUGUCUUUGGACAGUGUUGCCAGAUUAUUUGAUGCUAUGAAUGUGGAAGCGCGUGUCAAUUGCUCUCACUGGUGACGUAUUUGUGAUGUGUCAGUCCUGGAUCGGGGGUAUGUGUUUGCACUGUUACUGCUAUUGCUUGAGUUGCACUGUUACUGUUUGCUGCGGGCCGCGUUUGUGGUGUGCAGUCUGCAGGAUCUUCAUUUGUUUUGGUAUGACGGUGUCUCCCUUCCAGGCUGUAGCGCGUGCAUGGCACAGCACGACACCUUGCCGUCUUCCUGCUGCCAUGCGUUACAUGACACCUCCGGUACGGAAGUUGACGGAAGUGCGCUAAGCAUGAGGGGAUGUUUGGGAGGUGACUGCUGCGUACAACAGAAGAGUCCACAAGUGUGCGGCGUUAGGUCGGCAAAGCACCGGCACGAUGCAAUGCAGCAUUAGUACAGGAGGAAUAUCACUGCUGGUGUUCGUGCAUGUAGCGUGUGACACUACGCGCCGCACCCCCAAAAUUUUCGCGUUGAACUAAUCGUGCGACUAGCCAACCGCCUAUCUUGGGGAGUAACGGGGCUGCCCUAGGAUCGUCUGAUGUCGCUGGGGGCACACGAGGGACGUAUGAGGACGUGACCUGGUGCUGUGCCGGCUGGUUCCCCUGGGGAGACAGAGGGGGGGGGCAGCGUAGUGUCUAAGUGGAUUGCUGGCGAAGGCUGCCGCUGUGCGUCCCGCGGUCUUGGGCAGUUUCCCUCCCGAGGGAUGAUCGGCACGGGGCAGUAAGUCAACCAUAUACCGUUACAGUAGCAGCGCAGUGGGAAAGACCAUCCACUGGUGCGUAAGUGUUUGGUUAAGGAGCGGCUACCAGGAAUGUCCGUCUGGUGCCCUCAGUGAUGUUGCGAUGAGGUGUUGCCUGGGAAUGGCUACCUGGUAUGUUACGUCAGGCUAGCACCCGGCCCUAUGCCUAAGCAACAAGCGGUCAGCCGCUUAAAUACUCAGGGGCGACCCCCAUUGGUCGUACACGGAUCUAGAAUCCAUGUGCAACGUUGUCAAUUACGUAACAGACCAUCCGUGCAACGUUGCCACUUACGUAAUCUAUCCCCAGUCUGACUGCCUCCGUCUGACUGCCUCCUGGUCUGACAAUUACGUACACGCACCUUCCACACUCGCAACCUGGGUUAGUGCGAACCCUGCCGCCUCUCCACCUCUGUCAAGGGGGAAAACAUCCACGCCCCCACACGCAUAUGCGCAUGUUCGCUAAGUCGCGACCUAUUUUGUCAAGCCCAAAGUUCAAUGAUCCAUGUUUCCCGCCACAGCUGUGACCUCCCCCACGAUUGAUCCGACGACCGCGUCGGCCAAAAGCAGUUGAGCUGUGCUGCGGUGUCCCAGUAAUGGCGCGUUGGACUCGAACUGCAAGGUGCUACGCCAUGGAGAGUAGGGCGUGGCUCUUCACAGGCUCGCUGUGGGUCGGGCGGCCAGGCGCAAUUAGGGUUGUGUUUUGCCCUUGUCCGUUGGUUGGCGAAUGUCCGUUGGUUAAUUGGCGAAUGG